AAGUCCGGCCGGUUUUAAGUGUCAUGGGUCGUUCCUAGCCACAUUCUUAUCUCUUAUCAUGUGAUAACGGCAGGUUUAAUUGUACGCGAAGUAAGCAAAGUUGGCAGUAGAUUUUCGGAGUGAGUGAAUCCGGCUUCAAAAAAGAUGAUUAAAGAAAAGGAUAUGGAUGGGGUUGGCAUCACGAUGGCCAUCGGGGCCUUGCGGGCCCUGGCCUUCGUGUUCGACGUCCUCACGUUCCCCGUUUACGUCAUACUGCAAAGGCCUUGGCGAGCUCGAGCACUAGGUAGAAGAGUUAAGGCCGUUAUUAUUGCCACUGAGACUGAAUCUGACAACACUGAUGUAAGCAUUGAUAUCAAAGGAAACGAUAAUACUAACAACUCAACCGAACCAUCAGCUAGUGUAAAGGCUAAACCGAUCACACAAGAUACCAAAAGCAUCACCUACCGGUCAACCACCCAGCCGGGUAAAGUCCAUAUCCAACUCGUCCAAGAAAAGAUCGACACCAUGGCAAAAAUGUUCGAUUAUGUUAGUAAAGCCUACCCGAACAAACGCUGUCUAGGUACGAGGGAAAUCCUCGCCGAAGAGGACGAAGUCCAGAAGAACGGACGCGUUUUCAAGAAAUACAAUAUGGGUGAUUACAAGUGGAAGACAUUUUCCGAGGUGAAUAUGUUGGCCACGAAUUUCGGCAAAGGCAUCCGCGAGUUGGGCAACGAACCGGGCCAAAACGUGGCGAUCUUUGCCGAGACGAGAGCCGAGUGGAUGAUCGCAGCACACGGCAUUUUCAAACAAAGCAUUCCAUUGGUUACCAUCUACGCCACGCUCGGCGACGAGGCCAUUGCUCACGGCUUGAACGAAACCGAAGUCACUACGGUUAUAACCAGUUUUGACCUUAUGCCCAAAUUCAAGAAAAUCCUCGCCAUGGUCCCCAAAGUCAAGACGCUCAUCUACAUGGAGGACCAGCUCAAGAAACUCGACGAAAGCGGUUACAAGCAAGGCAUCGAAAUCAUCAAAUUUAGCGAGGUUUUGAAACGGGGGGCCAACUCACAAGUCGUUGAUGUGCCACCGAGAAGCGAGGAUCCCGCGAUUAUUAUGUACACGAGCGGCUCGACUGGUGUCCCGAAAGGCGUUAUCUUGCUUCAUAAGAAUUUGAUCGCGACUUUGAAGGCGUUUUGCGAUUCGACCGAUAUUUACCAGGAUGAUGUCAUGAUCGGGUUCCUGCCAUUGGCCCACGUAUUCGAAUUGUUGGUCGAGAGUGUUUGCUUAUUAACCGGAGUCGCGAUUGGUUAUUCGAGCCCUUUGACGAUGAUUGAUACAGCGAGUAAGAUCAAGAAGGGAACGAAAGGCGAUGCCACUGUUUUGCAUCCGACUUGUAUGACUAGUGUUCCGCUGAUCCUUGACAGGAUAUCGAAGAGUAUUCAGGAGAAAGUUAGCAAAGGGGGGCCGAUGAAGAAGGUUUUGUUCAAAUUCGCCUACGAUUAUAAAGUCAGUUGGCUGAGACGUGGUUAUUCGACUCCGCUGAUCGAUCGGGUUGUUUUCGGGCCGAUUCGGGCCCUUUUAGGCGGCCGAAUGAGACUGAUCUUGUGCGGAGGGGCGCCACUGUCACCCGAGACCCACGAACAAAUGAACGCCUGUCUUUGCGCCACUAUUAUCCAGGGUUAUGGUUUGACCGAAUCGACGUCGUGCGCCACAGUCCAAGAUUUCUAUGAUAAGAUUUACGGGCGCGUGGGGGCCACGACUACAGUAUGUGAUAUUAAGUUAGUUAAUUGGGAAGAAGGGAAUUACCGUGUGACUGAUAAGCCGUUCCCUCGGGGUGAAAUUAUCUUAGGUGGGGAUAACAUUAGCGCCGGCUAUUACAAAUUGUCCAGUAAAACAGACGAAGAUUUCACGGAUGUCGACGGCAGGAGGUGGUUCAGGACCGGCGAUAUCGGGGAAAUCCACCCCGAUGGUGUCGUUAAAAUCAUCGACCGUAAGAAGGACCUCGUUAAGUUGCAAGCCGGUGAAUACGUCAGUUUGGGUAAAGUCGAGGCCCAAUUGAAGACUUGCCCCCUCGUAGACAACAUCUGUGUCUAUGGAGACUCCUCGAAACAGUUCUGCGUGGCGCUUGUUGUGCCCAAUCAGCAACAGUUGAAGGAAUUGGCGGCGAAGAAAGGAGUUGGGUCUUUGUCGUUCGAGGAGUUGUGUCAGUCGCCCGAAAUGGAGAAGGUUGUGAUCGCCGAAUUGAUGGAACACGGGAAGAAAAGUAAAUUGGAGAAAUUCGAACUGCCGGCCGCCGUGAAACUAGUGACGGAGGUGUGGUCGCCCGACAUGGGGCUGGUCACUGCCGCCUUCAAGCUCAAGAGGAAAGAUAUCCAAGAGCGCUAUAAGCACGAAAUCAACCGGAUGUACGCUUCCUGAAAUUCGGCCUGGUUUUAACGUGUGUGUGAUAUUCCAUAAGCAGAUUGUUGAGGACUUGCAUUAAAUUUAGUUUUGUAUAAACAAAGAGUUUGCCUUGUAUAAAGUUAAGGGAGCAGCUUGUAUAUUUUUUAAAACGGUCGGGAGCUCGUAAUGCACUUUCUUCAUACAAUUGUUGCUUAUAGAGCCGGUCUCAGUUUCGUCGGAAACAAUUUUUGUACAUUUUUUUUUACAAAAUGUUAUAAUUUUGUAGCAAUACGAUUGGCUUUUUUCUAGUAAAAUUCGUUUUGUUACGUAUGUUGUUUUUUCGUUGUUGGUUUUUUAAAAGAUGUUGCAAGACUGUAUGUCCGUGUUAUUAAAUACUUGUCAGUUGAUAUACCGUGGUCCAACCGAUAUUUACCGGUAUGCAAUACAAAAGACAAGUACUUAAAAGUUUAGUUUACUUCCGUAAGUUCAACUUUUGUAGUCGUUAUUCUCAUAUUUAUUAUUGUAUUGAGAGGAGUUAUACUAAAUAUGGUGCUGUCAAACUAUUUUUCUUUUGUUAGGUUUUAGUCUAUUUUUUGGGUUGGACAUAUACCUACAAGUACAUCACAAUUCUCUUAUUAUUAGGCGUAGAUAGGAUGUAAUUUCAAUAUUAAAUGCUUUUUUAUAAUGUAUUAUUAUUUAUAAUUUACUGUAAUUUAUUAAAUAAAGAAAAUGUGUGAAUGAUGUACUGCAGAGUGUGUCAUGCAAUAGCAUAAUAAAUUUAUAGAAUUUUA